UCUUUGGUUGCAACCAACCGGGGCCUGAAAUUGUCUAGUAACCAAACACCCAGCGUCGUUUCUCUUUAAAGCCUUCGCCUCCUUCAACCUUCGCUUUCUUGGUGCAUACUGCAGGGAAACUGAAAAACCCUAGUUUCGCUGGUCUUCGAUAAUCGAAAAUGACCGCGGAAACCGUGAAUCCGAAAGCGUACCCACUGGCUGAUGCCCAGCUUUCAAUAACCAUACUAGACCUUAUUCAACAAGCUGCUAACUACAAACAGCUAAAGAAGGGUGCAAAUGAAGCUACCAAGACCCUCAAUAGGGGUAUAUCGGAGUUCAUAGUUAUGGCAGCUGAUACUGAGCCGCUCGAAAUUCUUCUCCACCUUCCUCUACUUGCUGAAGAUAAGAAUGUGCCCUAUGUUUUUGUUCCUUCAAAGCAAGCACUUGGCAGAGCAUGUGGAGUCACCAGACCUGUGAUUGCUUGUUCUGUGACAAGCAACGAGGGAAGCCAGUUGAAAUCCCAAAUACAGCAACUGAAGGAUGCCAUUGAGAAACUCCUAAUCUGAAAUAGUAAGUGAUGUCUUUUCAGCGUGAUGGGCCUCUCAGAUCCUAUAACUUAGUCUGUGAAGGCUUUGACUGAUGCAAGUAGUUGUAUCACUGUGUGAAGGCUUUGACUGAUGCGAGUUGUUGUGUCAUUAGGGUGUUUCCACUCCCCAUAAUUAGCGUUUCUAUUCAUUGUAAAAGAAUGGAAGCAUAUUACAGUUAGAAUUCAUAGAAACUCAUUGUUUUAGUUUGCUUAAAGUUAUUAGCAGGUGUCUUAUACUAUGGAUGAUAAGAGUGAUAAAAUAUGUUGAGAAUGAGAUUCCCUUGAAGAACUCAAUUCAGCUUUUA